AACAGAUCUUUGAGAGAAUCCACAGAGUUCAGAAGACAGAGGACUCUGAUGUGACUAUGAAAUUAGGACUUGGGCAGUGUACUCAUUUCUACGUAAGCUAGCCUGAAGGCUUCAGAUUUCUCAUCGAUUGCUUACCCGGAAUUCCCUUUGAAAUGCACCACAGCUGUAUACAGAUGAGAAAUCGUGCCUUGGGAAUUAUGAAAUACCUCGAUAGAUCAUCCACUCUAUGACAGCCCUUCAAUAAUAAGUAGCCUAGAGCUUUCAGCUGGAGGAUGUAUAAAACAGCAUCGUCAUUUCUGGCCCCAUAAAACCUCAGGCUCCUCUUAGGGUGACUUGUCUACUCAUCUUCCUGGAAGAUUUAACGUUUUAGCUGAGCAAUGUCACAGCAGAAGCCACAACUUUCAGAGCUGCCAAAUGCUCCCAUAUAUUCACCUCCUAAAGGCCCAAACCUCUCUUUGAGUACCUGUUCAACUUCUUGUGGGACUUCUUGUUCAGCAGGCUGUUCUUCCUACUCAAAAAGGCUGAGGCUCCAGAACACUGUCAGCCAUAAGGAAAUUCAUCACCCACAACCUCGCUGUCUUAGGGGUAGUACCACCUACCACUGCAAAGAAGAAGAGUGCUAAGAAACUGGGCACAAACGAGGGAUAUUUUAAGUUUGCCCAAGAUGUCCUCCCAGCAACACCAACAGAAGUGCAAGCUCUCUGCUAACUGUCCACCCAAGUGCCCCCAACAAGGUCCCCAGGUUCCUACUUCAUGUCUCCCUCUCAGUGCCCCACCAGCUCCUGCUUGCUGUGUUUCUACCUGCUAUAUUUCUGGUUUGGGAAGCAGCUGCUCUUUAAUAUCUCACCGAUUUCCUCGGUUCUACCUCCGCCAGCCUCAGAGUUCUGAGUGUCCUGAGAAAGAGGCUGCAGAAUGUUCGAGCUGUUGCCACAACCCUGGAAACUGUAGCUAAACUGCAUCCCUCGAGAAAACAAAGAACAUGGCCCAGGAUAAGCUUUGAAAUGAUGCUCUUCUUCACUCAGUCUUCCUCCCUGUCCUGAAAUAGUUGCAUGGAUAAUGGGCUCCUUUACUUGUUAAGGAACUGAGGCCUCCGA